AUGACCCAACAACACUUCAGCAGUAUUCAUCAUUUCUUCACUUUGUUUCUUCUGCUCGUGAUUAUUCUUUCCACUACUACUAAUAUUACUUUCGUUUCCGGUCAAGCUGUUUACACUAGUUCUGUUAUCGGUGGAACAUUGAACGAAACAAGAGCCAUCCAUGCCAAAAUUAUUAUCUUUGACAAUUAUGUUGGUCGUCAAUUGGCUAUCUCUGCCAAUGGUGAUAUGUAUACAACUUUGGGUAGAGGAACUGUUCGUAAAAUUACUUCUGAUGGAUUAUUUGUUCCAUCGGUUGCUGGAAUUGAGACCAGUUAUGGAUUUAGUGGUGAUGGUGGGUUGGCAAUUCAUGCACAACUGUCAUAUUCGCUGGGUAUAUCUGUUAAUCCAAUGAAUGGAGAUGUGUACAUAUGUGACAUAAACAAUCAUAGAAUUAGAAAGGUGUCGUCUGAUGGUGUUAUUUCUACCAUCGCUGGAACUGGUAGAACAACUUUAAAUCCCAUCUCUCCAAAUACGUACCGUCAAGAAGGAGGUUACAAUGGUGAUGGAUUGGCAACCGCAACAGAUCUUAAUUAUCCGAAAUAUGCUCAAGUUGACUCAAAGGGAGAUGUCUAUUUUGCUGAUACAUAUAAUGGACUAAUUAGAAAGGUUUCCAAUGGAUAUAUUACAACAAUUGCAGGUUCAAAGCAAAAUAGUACAGUUAAUACAUUUGGUAUGGCCCUUAAUACUACAUUUGGAGAUUUGAAAUCUUUUUCAAUGAAUUUGAAUACUGGAGAUUUGAUGAUUUAUUCAAAUAAGGGAAUAUUUAGAGUAUUUUCAAACGGUACUGUUGUAGUAAUACGAAACAGUUUGCUUAUUUCCAAUAAUUAUUUUGUUGACAUUACAUUCAAAUCUGAUACAGAAGUUCUUUUUGGAUUGACCAAUUCUAUUAUUUCUUACAAUUUAGUUACCAACACUUCCACUGUAUUGGUAACAGUUAUUUAUUUAUCAGGAUUUACAAUUUAUAGAGAUGAGAUUUACAUUACUCAAUCUUCAAGAAAUCUUGGACAAAUCAAAAAGUUAUCAAUUAUUGAAGGAAAAGUUAAAAUUAUACCAAUUGCAGGAAUUGAAGAUGAAAUGUUAGAUCCAUCCUAUUCCGGUCCUGUUCAAAAUGUUUCUCUUCUCAAUGCUAAUAGAAUUACAGUUAGUUCCUCAAAUGAAGAUGUGUAUUUUAGUGAAACAUAUUUUAACAUUGUAAGAAGGAUAUCAUUAAGAACAGGAAUUAUCUCAACAAUGACUGGAACUGGUGUCUGUGGUUACAUGUCAGAUGAAGAUGUUGCAACACAAGCUAAAUUGUGCAAUCCAGUUGGAUUAGCAAUCAAUGAUUUGAAUGAAUUAUUCAUUGCAAAUUCUAAUUAUCCUGCAAUUGUCAUGGUAAACAACAGUAGAAUUGUUCCAAUUUGUGGAAAUGGAGAGUAUGGUAGGUCUGUAGAUGGUAUUUUAGCAGUAGAUUCCAAGCUGGUCAAUCCUACUGAAAUUUCCUUAAAUCCCUUAACAGGUGAACUUUAUAUUUUGGAUGAUUACAAGGGAGCUGUAAGGAAAAUAUUCAAAAAUGGAACAAUUACUAGCGUAAUUACAAAAAAUUCAGGUUCUAGUGAAUCUAUUGACUAUAUUGCAGUCAACCCAAAGAGUGGUGAAUUUUAUUUUCUUUCCAAUUCAAUACUUUACAAAAUGACAACCAAAGGAAGAAUAGCUGUUGCAGGAUCAGGUACAUCAUAUGAAGAUGGUGUUUUGGCAAAGAAUUCUAAAUUCAAUUCUCCAAAAUCAAUCGCUUUCAAUCCAGUAACGAAUGACAUUCUAGUUACAAGUGACAAUUCUAUUCGAAUCAUAUUAAGCAAUGGAACAAUUACAACUUUGAAAUAUACCAAUACUGAUCCAUUUCCACUUUCUUCUUUAGAAGGUAUUGCUGUUAGCUCAAGUGGUGAUAUCUAUAUAGUAGAUGCAGGGAAUUAUGCUAUUAGAAAGUUGACACAAUGUCCAAAUGGAUGUUUUUAUGGACAGUGCAAAACUCCAAAUAUUUGCACUUGUGAUAAUGAUCAUUAUGGAAUUGAUUGUUCGAAUAGAAUUGAUUGGGAAUCAAGAACUGCUGUCAUUAUUGCACCAAUUCUAGUUAUAUUACUUAUGGGUAUUAUGAUUAUUGUAAUUGUAUUAAUUAUUUUGAUUUAUUAUUUUAGAAAAUCUAUUUCAGUUAAAAUCCAACAAGUUUAUGAUAAUUUAAAACCAAAACAAACAAAUAUUGAAUUGAAUCAAUCAUUGUUGGAUUAUCAACAACCACAAUUGUUUAAAACUAAUAACAUUUCAAUAGAGGAAGGAUUAAUGAAUGAAAAUGAUGAUAGUGACGAUCCUGUUAAUAGAUAUGAGAUUUUGGAAAGAAUAGGAAGAGGAGGAUUUGGUUCUGGUAAGUUUAUUGGAAAUAUUUUUAUUCGAAUCUUUUCCUUAUUAGUUUAUAAAGUUAAAUAUAUUCAAGAUGGUUCGAUUAGAGCCCUUAAAACACUCAAAUAUGCUAACAUUGAAGAGUUGAAUUUAGCAAUGAAAGAAGGAACCCAACUAAUGAAUUUAUCACAUCCAACCAUUUUACAUGUGAAUGACAUUUUUGUGGGUAAAAAUAAUUUGAUAUACAUUGAUAUGGAGUAUUAUGAACAGGGAGAUUUAUGUUCUUUAAUUUCAAAAUCAAAUGAACCUUGUAAGGAAGCAAUCAUUCUUCAAAUUAUGAAUCAAAUUUGUUCAGCUCUUCAUUAUGUUCACACUCAAUUGAAAUCCAUUCACAGAGAUGUUAAACCAAAUAAUAUAUUUAUCAAAUCAGUCCAUGAUAAUUCAAUUCAGGUUAUUUUAGCUGAUUUUGGAAUGGCUAAACAAAAUCAAGGAUCUUCAAAUAACUCAUAUGCAGGCACUCCAUUAUUUAUGAGUCCUGAACUUGCAAUGGGAUCUAAAUAUUCAUUUAAUACUGAUAUAUUUUCAUUAGGAGUAACUAUUUAUCAAAUAAUGACCAAGGAUAGUUCUAUUUCUGUUGGUCAAUUGCACCUUUGUAAAGAUUCUACAAGUGUUAAGGAGAUUCUAAGAAAUAAUAUGAGUCAAAGUGGAAUGUAUUCGGAUAAUUUGAUUGAAAUUGUAAUUAUGACUUUAGAGAAAGAUCCUCAAAAUAGAAUUGACUCUUCUCAAUUAUUGGAAAAGAUAAAGAUGAUGGAAUCAAGUCACCAAUAA